AUGCGUGGUGCUUAUGGCAAGCCCAAUGGUACUUGUGCUCGUGUCAACAUCGGCCAGGUGUUGAUCUCCAUCCGAACUAGGUUGGACAAGGAGCAGAUUGCCGUUGAGGCUCUUAGGCGUGCUAAGUUCAAGAUCCCUGGUCGUCAGAAGAUUCAUGUUUCUCACAACUGGGGCUUCACUCGGUUCACCAAGGACGACUACCAGAAGUACAAGGCCAUGGGCCGUUUGAUCCCCAUGGGAGUCCACGCUCAGUGGCUCUCCUCUAAGGGUUCUCUUGAUCGUUUCAUUGGCGCUCAGUAAGUAGUAGUGGAUACUAAAGGUUCCCUAAUACUUGCUGAUAGCAGAAUCAUCAUCGCUUUUGUUGGAAGGGCUAAACCAUUGAAAUAGCUUCUGGGUUC